AUGGUAGAGCUUCUGACUACGGAUCAGAAGGUUGCAGGUUCGAGUCCUGCUCACCUCGAUAUUUUUUAAAAAUAAAUUUAGUUUCUUUUGAAUGGUUUACUCAACUUAAUAGAAAAUAAUAAUAAAAUUUCAACCUGGGGUGAUGGCUCAAUGGUAGAGCAUCUGACUACGGAUCAGAAGGUUGCAGGUUCGAGUCCUGCUCAUCUCGUGAAUUUUUUCCAUUUCCUCUUUCCUACUUUAAAAACAUCUAAAAAAUAAGCACUAAAUUACUAUAUUCGGGGUGAUGGCUCAAUGGUAGAGCAUCUGACUACGGAUCAGAAGGUUGCAGGUUCGAGUCCUGCUCAUCUCGUAAUUUUUUUUUUACAAACUAGAAGAAAAUUAAAUGAAUUGCCAUCUGUUCAUUUCAAAUAAUUUCACUUUUCGAACUAAUAUUAAUGUAUUUGGGGUGAUGGCUCAAUGGUAGAGCAUCUGACUACGGAUCAGAAGGUUGCAGGUUCGAGUCCUGCUCAUCUCAAAAUCUCAUGUGCUCGGGGUGAUGGCUCAAUGGUAGAGCAUCUGACUACGGAUCAGAAGGUUGCAGGUUCGAGUCCUGCUCAUCUCGAUAUUUUUUUUAACAAAAAUAACUAAAAAAAAUGA